AUGGUUCAUCCACAAAAGGCUGGAGAGUCUUUGAAAAUGAGGGAGACCAUGGAAAUGAAUCCUGGAUGUCUUCAAGAAAAUGGUCUGUCCCAGAUCCUCACAUUAGUUCUUGAAGAGCUGGGCCUUUUCUACCACAAAGAUGUUAAUGGAAUUGGGGUAUUGUACAGUUUGCUCCAGGCUCCAUGGCUGCAGUCUUUACUUAAGGUGCAUGAUUGUCUUCAUCAAUAUAUAAGGAAGAGGCCUGUGCCUGUUGUACCAAAGGCUCGUGCUUUAUGCAGUGAGGUGGCUGAUGUGCUGCGAGAGUUCCGUUCUGCUGACUCUCGUGAAUUAAGACAUCUUUUGCGAGGACCACAUUUUAAGGCACUGCUGUCUGCCCACGAUACAGUGGCACAGAAAGAUUUUGAGCCCAUUCUUCCUCCACUACCAGAAAACAUUCCUGAGAAUGAGGAAGCCAUGAGAAUUGUGUGUCUGGUGAAAAACAAGCAACCUCUGGGAGCUACAAUUAAACGUCAUGAAAUCACCGGAGACAUCAUAGUGGCCAGAGUAAUCCAUGGUGGCCUGGCAGAUAGAAGCGGUCUGCUAUAUGCUGGAGAUAAACUGGUAGAAGUAAAUGGGGUUCCCGUGGAUGGACUGGAACCUGAACAAGUUAUUCAGAUCCUGGUUCAUUCCGAGGGGACAAUCAUAUUUAAACUCAUACCUAUUGGUGAUCGUACAGUGAGCAGUCACACCAUGCUGUUUGUUAGAGCAAUGGCAGAUUACUGGCCCCAGCAUGAUCCAACCAUACCCUGUGCAGAUGCUGGCCUGCCUUUUAAAAGAGGUGAAAUCCUGCAAAUAGUGGACCAGAGCGAUUCUAUGUGGUGGCAAGCAAGAAAAGCUUCAGACCUCAGCCGGUGUGCUGGCCUCAUCCCAUCCAACCACCUGCUCAAGAGGAAACAGAGAGAAUUUUGGUGGUCUCAGCCGUUCAUGUCUCAAUCUUGCAUUAAAGCCUCACAGUUGAGCACAAUUGGGGAAGAGGAAGACAUGAAGAUUGAUGAGAAAUGUGUUGAGGCUGAUGAGGAAACAUUUGAGUCAGAGGAAUUGAAAGGAGAAGAGGAAGAAUACGGCAGUGAUGGACAGGCCUAUGUUAUUGCUGGUUUCCGGAAAAGCAUGCGCCUUUGCCGCAGAAAGUCCCACAGCACCCAAUAUUCCUGUUACUCUAGAUGUCCAAGUAGCAGCUGUUACCACACAGUAACAGCUCCCUAUGAAGAGGUUGUGAGAUAUCAGAGAAGGCCUUGUGACCGUCAUAGACUUAUUGUCCUAGUAGGACCUUCAGGAGUAGGUGUUAAUGAACUAAGAAAGCAGCUUAUUAAGCUAAAUCCCAGCAUAUUUCACAGCCCGGUGCCACACACUACUCGCCCCAAGAAGAGCUAUGAAGAGAAUGGUCGAGAAUACUUUUUCGUAUCUAAAGAGACAUUUGAAAGCAUGAUUUACACCCACAGUUUCUUGGAGUAUGGAGAAUACAAAGGACAUAUGUAUGGUACCAGUGCGGACACAGUAAAAGAAGCCCUGGAUGCUGGAAAAAUAUGCAUAAUUGACUUGGAGCAACAGGGUAUUAUGGGGUCUCGGACACAUGAACUUAAACCAUAUGUAAUAUUUAUAAAACCACCAAGCCGAAACUGUAUGAGGCAGACAAGAAGAAACGCCAGCGUUAUCACUGAUUACUAUGUUAACCAGAAGUUUAAGGAGGAAGACUUUCAGGAGAUAGAAGAAUCUGCAAGAAGGAUGGAAGAGCAAUUUAGCCAAUUUUUGGACCAAGUGUUGGUGAAUGAUGAUCUGCAGUCUGCUACUGUUCAGCUCCUGUCCACUAUCCGUCGUGCUCAAGAUGAGCCACAGUGGAUCCCUGCAGCUUGGAUCUGCUCAGAUUCAUAAUUGUUUUAACGCUGAUAUUAUUUACCUAAAGCCUACAGCGAGCAUUCCGUAUGAAUUAAAUGUGAGAUUGUCUUAUGGGACAAUGUAGGAAGAGUGUGGCAUCUAAUAGCACCCUAUAAAUUGUACACGUUUACUGGAUUAAGUAGGAUGACUAAGGCUUCUUUCACACUUGCGGCAGUGUGAUC